UAUUGUCAGUAAAUGGCUCGGUUCAUACUAAAAAAUGUCCCUGAUGAAGUAAACGGGUUUUCCCAGUGCACAAGUCCAUGGGAUUGAUCGCAAUAUAAUUAAUUGGGCCACUUUCUUUGAGUGCUGUACUUAAUUUGUUAUUUAUGCCAAUAAUAAGAACUGAGCAGCAUUCUCUUCGAUCCCAUACCAUUUACCAAAAACGCAGCCUGACUGUGCUUAACCCUUCAAAUGUAUCAGGAGGAGCGAGUCUUGCCCACUCGAUUUACAGUCUCAAGUUGGUCAGAAAGGCACCUCCGAAAGCAGGCAAGAAGUGGCAGGAAAGCAUUUUGCCAGAGGAAUAAUUUUUUCCAUGGGAAACGUCCACAUAGAGGCAGAAGAGAAACACAGACCACUGGUAAGCCUGGUAAUCCACCUGCCUUGCCCCUGGCUGAGUGACGUUCCUUAAAUGUCCCCGGCGAAAGUGUCGCUGAUGUCAGAUUACAGAGAAGUGAUUUAUACAGCAAGGCUGGGGAGAGCUCGCCAUGCACGAGCCGUCCCAGCAAUCCCUUCAUUUGAAAUGAAGCUUUGGAAAGGAGGGCAAGAGCAGCAGUUACGGCAGUAGGAGCUGAUCCAGGAAUUAGUAUACGGAGCCUUUCCAAACUGUUUGGAAAUGUAUUGGAAGAUUUAUGCUCUCAGGGUGUCCACAGCCUUGCAUCCGACAAAUACGCAUUAGCAGGUACGCUUACGGAGACGCGAGCAGUUGAGCUAUCAGCGAAUUGCUUGCCAAUUCCCAGUGGAUACAUGUUUUGGCCCUUUCCAGAAAGCCAGCUGAGUGUAUUGGCAAUUGAAGCGAUAUGAAAGUCUUCACUGCUGUCUGUGCACGGGAAGCUUCUCAAGAGCUUGGGCAUUUGUGGGAGCAGACUGAAAGUUAUUUUCCUGAGACCCAAGGAAAAGCAAAUCCGCUUAUACCCGAUUAGGAUUGUCACAUUGUUUGCUCGUGACGGAACACAAACUUACUGCAAAUAAUCACAUCUUUAUUUCUUAAUCACAUCUUUACUUCUUCCCCCGCCGUCCCCAAGAAGAAACCCAAACAACGUGCACCUGCAGCUUCAGCCCUCGCCUCAACGCUUCUCAGAAAGCAGAGUUUUGGCUUUUAUUUACAUGAAAAGCUUCCCGCAGAAUACAGGAAAGCCUCUCUGCCCUCCUUAGGGAGCCGAUCCUACGGCCUUUUGCUCUGGUAGCCCCUGGGCGAGGUGCAAUGAAGGUGGUGGGACGAGCUCCCGAGUGGAAUGGCAACACGGAGGGGCGGGGGGGGUGUGUGUGGAUUUUGCCAGCCCAGGCACUCACUGCGCGUGGGCAGGAACCACAGGCACGGCUGGGGAGCACAGGUGGGAUUGGGUUAGAUAAGGCAAGUGAUUCCUCCGGUUUAGUGGCAAAUGAAAGGGUGUGUGAACACUAAUAAUGAGUAAUUAUGGAAUAUUGCAGGAUGAAACCACUGCAUAGUAGGAACUCACAUAAAGCUCUUGUUAACUGGGUAUAAAACCUGCUGCGCUGCGAGUGUUUGAAAGGGCAUCGACAUCUUUUGGUAAAGAGGAAGCUUUUCUCAGCAGUUUCAGUUCUGCUUCUCCUAUCAGCCUCAUAGCAACCAAAUCCAGAAUCAGGCAAAAGUUGACUAUUUGUCAAUAAACUAGGGUGAUGCCUGCAGAUAGGCAAGUUUCUCUUUCAUUUGAUCACGGCACAUCGGAAAGGAAAUCCCCCAUGUCCUCCUUGCUAAACUUGGCAGAAGAGAACAUGGUUUUACCCGUGCAGACCCCCCUGCUCCCACCUGGGUCAGGUCCCACGUCGCUGGUGUUCACAUGCGUGGCGGCAUGGGUGAAGUGCUCCUCGUCACAGCUUUCAAAGAAUUUCUCAGAGAAUUUGGAUACAACAAUUGCGUUCAUUGAGGAAAUGGAUGGUCAAGGAUGUAGAGGUCCUCAACUGCGAAUAUGGCAAGAACACAAUUAAGUUCCUUCGCCUUCACAGAGAAGGGAAGAAGCACUUCUUUAAAGAAGUAGAAGUGUGCACGCAUCUCCGGCUGACUUCUGCUCAGGAGUACCUGGACGGAAACAACUCUCUUGUGAUACCUACCGACACCAUGAAGAACAUUGUCCUUGUGUUGGCCAAAAAAAAUGGGAUCCCGACUUUAGAACAAUUUGCUAUAGAUAUCUGCAAACACUUCAUGACAACGUUUUGCCAAGUGGCGUAUGUCAAAACCUACGUUCAAGAAGUACCAUGGCAACGUAUACAUGAGCAUGGCGUUCCCCACAUCCACUCGUUUAUAUGCGUUCCUGAUGGGAUCCGCUUUUGCGAAGCUGAGCAGUGCCGAAACGGUCCUCUGGUUGUUUUUGCUGGAAUUAAAGAUCUGAAACUUAUGAAGACAACACAGUCUGGAUUCGCGGGCUUCUAUAAGAAUGAACACACCACACUUCCUGAGAGGCACGACAGGAUUUUAUGUGGAGAGCUCUUCUGCAAGUGGUCAUACGGCGAAUGCAGAGAUUUUGACUUUGAUUCCAUAUGGAACAAAAUCCGUGAAUGUAUCAUUGAAGCCUUUUCUGGGCCACCCGAGUGUGGGGAAUAUUCACCCUCUUACCAGAAGACUGUCAACUGUAUCCAGAUGUGUGUCCUUUCCAAAGUGUCACAGGUACAGGUCAUAGAAGUCGUCUUGAACAACACUUUUUAUAAUGUUGUAGACAUGACGAAUCUAGGCUUGACCAAUGACAAAGAAGUCCUGGUUCCAGUGGAAACUCCUUACGGCUCCUGCGCUUGCACGCUCGCCAGGAAGAAGUUCUUAGAAGCACAAGGCCAUGUGCUAAAAGAUGAGAGGCAAAGUCAGUUUGGACUGGCAGCUGCCCAGGGAAACUAAACCGCCUGGCGACACUCACACCUUCCUGAUAAACUUAACAGAUCGGCUUUCCUAUCAACGUAUACUCUGUACUGGCCUCUUCCAUUGCUGACUACUUUUCCCUCUAUGAACUCCUGAGGUUGGGAUUUCUGAAGGACCCUCAGGAAUUCAGAAAUCAAAGUCUGUCCCUGAAUCUCAGUGUGAUUUGCAGAUUGAAAUCCCCUAUG